ACUCAACUACAUUAUUACUUUCAUUAUUGUUAUCUACAUUUAUAUGCGCAUAUGCUGAAGAAAUUAAAGAAAAGAAGAAAAUAUCUUUAUCUGAAGUUGCUCUGCAUAACCGAAAGGAAGUUGGGGUUUGGGUUAUCUACAACCAAAAAGUUUUCGACAUCACAAACUUUAUAGAUAAUCAUCCGGGGGGAGAUAAGAUUCUUCUUGCUGCCGGCCAAAACGUAGAACCAUACUGGGAUCUUUAUGCUUUUCAUAAAAAGGAUGAUAUUUUGGAUAUCUUGGAACAAUACUACAUUGGUGAACUUGAUGAGGCUACCGAAACAUAA